CUCGGCCUCGGCGUGCAAGAAAACCAAGAAAGGAGGAGAUCAGACCAACAAAACGCCAGAAACCCACUCUCUCUCCGACUCCUUUUCCUCUCUCGUUCUCAUCCGUCCAGGCGAGCCAACAGGCAAAAGUAAACGGGCGAGCGAGGAGCUGGAGGGAGAGACCCCGGCGACGCGAAGCAACCGCCCAUCGAUCGGAGCCGCGGCUGACCAGGAGGAAGCCCCGAGAUGGUGGGUCUCGUCGGCGGCAGCACGGCGCGGGCGGAGCACGUCGUGGCCAACGCCGGAGGGGAGACGGAGUACGUGCGCCGCCUCCACCGCCACGCGCCCGCCGAGCACCAGUGCACCUCCACCCUCGUCAAGCACAUCAAGGCCCCCGUCCACCUCGUGUGGGAGCUGGUGCGGAGCUUCGACCAGCCGCAGCGGUACAAGCCGUUCGUCAGAAACUGCGUCGUGCGUGGGGACCAGCUCGAGGUCGGCAGUGUGCGCGACGUCAACGUCAAGACCGGCCUGCCGGCGACAACAAGCACCGAGCGCCUCGAGCAGCUGGACGACGAUCUGCACAUACUCGGCGUCAAGUUCGUCGGCGGGGACCACCGCCUCCAGAACUACUCAUCCAUCAUAACAGUCCACCCGGAGAGCAUUGACGGGAGACCAGGUACCCUUGUGAUCGAGUCCUUCGUGGUCGACGUACCUGAUGGCAACACAAAGGAUGAGACAUGCUACUUCGUCGAGGCUGUGAUCAAGUGCAACCUCAAAUCUCUCGCAGAGGUAUCCGAGCAGCUAGCAGUUGAGCCACCUACAUCGCCAAUCGAUCAGUGAGUCACCUGCAUCGCCGAUCCAUCAGUAACACCGGUACAAAGACGGGAAUUGGCAACAAAUAAGAAGCUUCAAAGGCCGGCUGGAGAGUUCAACCUUUUUGAGACUGGUGGUUCUGCCACCGUCUUCUGCGUGUAUGUCUCUUGGAAUAUGGAAGGAUUAGUGGUAUGUAGGAUUAAAUAUCUGUAGUAGCUUGUAUGUUAGGGAUGAUUUAGCUGUAGGAGCUGCACCUACAUACCUCAUGGCAUGUAUGCAUACUGCUAGUAUGUGUAGAAAUCAGGGAAACCAUGGAGCGGUUUUUGCCACUUUGGUGCAUGGAGAUCUAUCUUUUUUCUCCAUUUUGCGGUGGCUAGUUCUUCGAUAAAUAUACUUUCCCGCUGACACGUAGGGUCUGGAUCUUGGAUUUGUUUUAAUUCUCGUAAUGCGCCGUAUUGUAUUCCUCUA